AUGACACUACCCUUCAAAGAUGUUAAAAGAGAUUUUUAUAUUAGAGAAAAAAAUGAUAUAUCAGAUUUUUUACCUCGCGGAGCGGUAUUAUUUCAAGAAGAUUAUUGGAAACAUGCAAAACAAUUAAAUUUCGAAGGUUUACCGGAUUUAUUUCCCCCAGAAUUGCGUGAUUGGUAUCCGUUUGUGAAUGCUUACUAUCCUUAUGGAAGUUGCGCGGAUCCAACAGAAAGGGUUCAACAUCUACUUGAUAUCAAACCUGCCUCAAUGCCGUUGCCGAAACCAGAUGCCGAUGAUGACGUAAUAAACUUUCCAUAUAGCGAAAAGGAAGCUCAGCUCGCAUACCUGCAAACCCCUCCACUCAGCUUUAUAAUUUUGGGUAAACCUGGUAUGAACGAAGAAGAGUUAGGACGUAAGUUAGCAGAUAACUGGCAAUGUGUAUAUAUCGAACCGCAAACACUAAUCGAGCAGGAAAUUGUAAGCAGCAGCAGGACAGGUCAGUGCAUUGAGUACAACUUAAGACUGGGCAGGUCAAUAGGAAUAGAUGUUGUUCUAAGAUUAGUCAAAAAAAGAGUUAACACGCAAUCGGCGAAACAUCGUGGCUUCGUAAUUUGUGGACUACCAUUAAUGGGUAUGUACUGUUACAAGGAGGAGCCUAUGAUAUCGGAAUCUGCUAUAUUCGCUGCAAAAUAUGUUGUUGAGGAUAUUUUAGAUAUUACUUUCGAUAAAGCUAAAGUGCCGUUGACUCCAGAAAUUGUAGAAAUUCCACCUCCAGUUAUUCCUGAACCUCCUGUCGAAAACGAACAAGAUGAAAACGAAGAUGAAAACGAAGACGAAUUAGAUGAAAACGAAGCGGAACCGAACAAAGAAGAAUCUGAAAAUGUGUUUGAACACAUAGAAUUGGCAUUGCCACAGGAAGCACAUCAAGCAUUUGAUGAACCAACUAUUCCUGUAGACUUAGGAGAAGAACAGGAUAUAUGCUAUCCUCCAGAAAUUGGUAUUAACUAUGAGAGUCAACUUAAUUUCUUGUUCGAUUUAUUACAGCCUCCGUUUAUGAUGAUUUAUUUGAUAUGUAGUCCUAGGGACUGCAUCCUUAGACGAAAAAAUUCAUUGUUUCAUAUCUAUUCGAAAACAGAAAUAGAUUUAGUUAAAGAAAACACGAACAAACUACUUUAUAAUUACUAUUCGUACCGUCCAGAAGUUUUCAACGAGGUACCCCUUGAUGUAUUCGAGACAUACUUUCAUAAUGUGGUUCUGGAAAGUAAAGGUUUGCAGCAUUUAGUGGUUCUUCCGACAAAUUUUCCAGCUAACAUUGAGGCUCAACUAGAUGUUUUCUAUCACACGGCAAUACAUUUCUUAGAUCGCAGGAUUAUGACCCACGAUCCCGAAUAUUUUUUGAAAGUAGACGCCCGUACGAGCACCACAAGGAUGUUUCACAUUAUUAAAAACAGGAUGUGCGUUCUUCCAAUUCAGAAGGUAAUAAUUCCACAACGUAUAAGCUACGAUCAACCAUUAAUUACGCCAACAGCUGCAGAAGAAGGUGAAUCUCAAUUAUUAUCUAAAAGACAAAUUCUCGAUUAUCAGUAUGAGGUUUUACGAAAAGUGGGUACACCUUAUGAACACUUCAAAUGGAAUUGGUCUGAUUGGGGCAAAAAAUGUCCGGUCUCUUUAAAGGACAAUUGUUGUGCGAUUAGAGGUGACCCAAACUAUGCCGUACAUUUCCUGAACAAAAUAUUCUUUUUGGCAAACGAAGAUGCUUAUUUGAAAUUUUAUCGAAAUCCGCGACCGUACUUAAAAAAUUUACGUCCUGAAAAAACGUGCAAAUUUUUCAUAUUUGGACCACAGGCUUCUGGUAAAACUGCCGUUGCUCAAUGCCUAGGAUACGCAUUCAAUGGAGAGGUGGUACGAACAGGUACCGUUGAGCUUGAUUUUAUGGAAGAGAAAGAGAAAGAAUUUUAUGCCGAAAUAAGAGCGAAGGCCACAGAAGAAGGAAUAAACAUUUUAAACAACCAGCGAAAGGUCGAUGCGGAACUUGCGGAAGCUGAACGAAUUAAGAACAUCAAAGAGUGGGCAGCGAAAAUAGUAGACAUGAUAAAGCACCUAAAAAUAUUAUUGCUCGAACGGGAAAAUGAAUUAAAAGGUGAGACGAAGCUUGAAUUGUCGUCUUUUCCUAUGGCAAUGGCUAAGGUCGAAGUUACAGCUUUGGAGACAGAAGUUAGUAUUGCAAUAAGCUCAAUUCGAGAGGAGUUGGGCAAUUUAAACCUUCCUUCAGCCCUGGAAAUUUCGGAAUAUGAAAAAUUACUGGUUAGUAAAACUAAAUUAUUCGCUUUUGUGCCUCCUUAUUUAAGAAAGAAAAUUGUUGCCGAACCUGCAACCGAGACUGACGAUUUUGUAAUUGAUUACGUAAACCAAGCGUUAGCCGGAGCAAAGUUUUUGGGUGGUAAAGAACUUAUUCAAGAAAAUAUGAUCCAACUUGUUAUAAAGGCAAUAAAACAAGUUGAAGACUCAGCUCGUGAGGCUGGAAAUAUUAGAGGAGGAUGGCUUGUUGAUGGUUUACAAAGUGAUCCCACUUUGGUGAAAGGAGUAUGUUCAGUUUAUAUGCCGGAUAACGUAAUUCAUUUAAAAGACCAAGAUGACUAUGAAUUUCUGAGAGAAAGAUACAAGACCAGAGGUGCCAAUAGAUUUAGUGACUUCAAAGAAUUUUUUGUAGAACUUGGUGACUAUGUUGCGGCUGAUAGAUCUCCUUCUCAAGAGUCUGAUUUAACUUACAAGACAAUUUUGGCAAAGGACAUUUUAUCAGAGAUAUUUGAAAGUCCAAAACUUGAUGGAAGAUCUGCAUCAGGUAAAUUAGUAAGAGAUGAAAAUUAUUACACGGAAAUAUUAAAAUUUAAACUCCAAUGGCAAGAAUUAGAAGAGUUCUUCUUUGACAAAGGAAUAGAUGUUAUAGAUCUCAUAGUGACCGAUAAAUCCAUACCUCAAUUAUUAAAGGAUGCAAUUAAAGCCGUAGAGGAUUGGUAUAGAGUGACUCCGUCGCCGUAUUCCGAUGAAGAUGCAGCUGAAGAAAUUAUGGGACUGGCUGCUCCCUUACCAGAGCAAAUUGGCGAAGAAACCUUGACAGACAUACAGGAAAAUAUACCAGAAGGAGCUGGGGAAAUUGAGAAGCCAGAAGCGUUUAGACGCUAUGGAGACACAUUCCAUUAUUGUCCAGUUACUUUCAGCGAAUACUGGGUUUUGUGGAAAGGCAAAGAUGAAUUUGCUGUUAAAUUUAAAGACCGUGUUUAUCUUUUAAGCAAUCAGCAAAAUUAUGAAAAAUUUUUAUUUUCACCUAGAGCUUAUUUACCUAACAAACCACCUGAUAAAAUGCCGCCACCAAGGAUUUGUAUCAUGGGUUGUCCGGCAUCUGGAAAAACCACAUUAUCUCGUGCUUUAGCAAAUAAUUACGGUAUUGAGUAUGUCAGUUACGAAUCACUUGUAAAAGCCGAAUUCCAUAUAAAUAAUAAUGACACAUUUGAAAACUUGAAAAAAAGCAAUUUUGUUGAUAAACAAUUGCGCGCCUAUCUUCACGAAAAUAUCCCAUUACCCGGACGUUUUUACAUAACUAAAUUAGCGAGUUUGUGGUUUAAGAAACCUAUUAAAGAAUUGGGCUUUGUAGUAGACGAUUUUCCAAAGCGACCGUGCGAUGUCGACAUUAUGAUUCAAUUAAAAUUAAUACCUGAUAUCAUCAUCGAAUUUGCAGGCGAUGAAUUGUAUAUAAAAAAUCAGUUAAUGCACGAACGUCUGAGUGAAUGGCAGGAACAUUUAUCGGCUUAUGUUUUAGAAAAGGAAAGAGAAUUUCAGGAAUUAAUGCGCGAUUGGGAAGAAAAUCUUCCGAAAAAGUUUAACGCUCUCUUGGAGGAAAAGCGAGAAGAGCGUUAUGCGCAGAAACGGAAACAAAAGGAAGCCGAACUCGAGGAAAAGCCGCUAGAGAAACAAGCGUCUCAAGUCAGUUUCGAUUCGAUUGCCGAUCAAAAAGAUAUCGACGAAAUCAACCGAUUGCUAGAUAUAACUAUGCCCGCUUUUAUUCCUGGUCCAAUAGAAACCGAUGAUGAAAUGAGAACAAAGUUAAAUGCUCAAAUUGCGGUACAUUUUGAUUCCGAAUUGAAUUAUAUAAAAAUUAUAAGAGACAAAUGCAUUCUCGAGCAGUUACCGUACGCUAAAAUGCCAAUUGAUGAAAACGAUUAUGAAAAAAAUAUUCGAUUCGUUUAUUGUAUAACGGAAGAUUACAAAUAUCGUAAUAACUCUCAUUUUGAAAGCUUCUGCGACGUCCCUUUCGAUCUUUCAGAAAGACUUCUGGCGUCUGGUUACUGCUUCCUUAGCAAAUACGGUAGAUUAUGCCCAGUUGAGUAUCACAAACAAAAAAAUCCUUUUUUAAAACAUCCUCUCACAAAGAAACAGUUCAAUAUAUUUCCAAUUAUUCACAGGACCUUUAUAUACUUUAUUGACGGCGAAGAAAAUGUCAACAUAUUUAAAAAAAAUCCUCUAUUUUACGUUACCAUAAAAAGAGUCCAGUAUCCCUUAGUGCCUCUAAAAUUGGCCGUUACCGGACCUCCAAAAUGCGGGAAAAGUACUCUAGCAAACAGAAUCGCUGAACAGUAUACCAUGAAAGUAAUUACACGAGGAAAGUCAGUCAGAUACGUUUUGGAUUUCCUGCCCUUUUCGAAUUUGGCUCAUACUAUGGAACGAGUUCUAAGACGGGGAUGGGAAGUUACUGACGAGAUGAUUGCCAAAUGUGUUGAAGCUGCUUGCAUCAGUUUUCGUGGCUCCACUCAAGGCGUUGUAUUCGACGGUUUCCCUAACACCAUCAUCGAAACAAGACACUUGUCGUACUUUGGAUUAGCACCGCACCUAGUAAUAGAUAUUCAAGCUACCAAAGAACAAACGUUAGAAUGCUACACAUACGACCAAGGACGAAGAGGUUUUCCCAAAUAUAGUGUGGAAUUCAUAAAGCAUCUUCGUAGAGAAUGGAAGGGAUACGCAAACGAUUUUCAAUAUUGGUUCGACAGAGAAUAUCAGCUAAUGUAUAAAAUUCCAAUCGAUCCCAGUCUUUGGUCGAUUUGGUAUCAAGCCAAUAAAAUCAUUAAAACGGUUACAUUUGAAAUUAGACAUUACUUUAUUAACUGCCAUAAAGAUUGGCCGUUGCGUUUGUCUUACAUGCAAGUAACGCCUUUGGAGUUUUUAGAAAGGAAAAGUGCUUACGAUUCGUUUUGUCCAUGUUGCCUCCUCUUAGACGAUGUGCUCACUACUGGUGGCUCACCUCCUGACAGAACGGGUUUAAUACAAUGGCGACGGUUUUACUAUUGGGUUUGUAAUAAGCACAUGAAAAAAUUUCUAAGAAAACCAGAUACUUUUGUUCUCCCAUACGGGCGAUCCCCACCGGAGCAUCUACCGUCCGUUUUAAACUUGAAAGAUUCGCAACCGAAAAAUCUUUAUGAAGAUGGCUACUGCGUUACUUGCUUUAAAGAUAAUACUAUUUUGGUAAAGGGUGACUUAAGGUUUGCAAUAUAUUUUAAAGAAAAAACUUAUCUUUUCGAUAAAUUGGAGUGUUUGCAGAAAUUUCUCAAAAGACCUCUUUUAUAUUGUUUCGGUAUUAGCUUCAGACCUCCUGACAACUACCCUGGUCUAGAUUACAAAGAACUACCUGUACUAGGGAUGUUAGAACAGUAUGUUGCUGGAGAUGUAAUCAGAGCAAUACAAUUUAUCUCUAGAAGGAGACCAGUUAUUCCUGGAUUGAGCGUAGUUGUUUCGGGUGUUAUCGGUAUCGGUUUACAUCUGAAAGUUAGCAAUUUAAAACUUCCUUCAGAUUAUAUACAGCGUUACAAAGAGGCUAGUGAAGUGUACUAUUCAAGAAGAAGUAAAUUACUUAAUUAUCUAGAUAGAAUGAAGAGGAUCAUUAAUCCAUAUUUGCACUAUGAGGAACCAUUACCGCCCUUUCGUUAUUUGGCAUCUAGUAAAUCCAGUAGUAUUAGUACUUAUACUCAUAUGACUAAUUUAGUUGAGGAAAUGGCGGACAAUGCCGUUAACAUUGUUAGAAAACAAAGUGCUUUAAGUGGUGGUUUACUGGAUUAA